CUCCAAUGUGAAUCGAUCACAAACAACUUGGUUGGGCCAUUAUAAGAAGCGAAUGCCCACAAAAUGAACUAUUACCGAGUCCGGUACUGUCCGGUGGUAGUCGCAGAAUCUCUCCCAAUCUAGCGUGUGAAGAGUGUGCACUGUGCAGUUGAAUGUGAGAUGGCGUCGGGUUCGUUCGUGUUUUGACAUUUCUGAUAAACAAAUACGGAUUAUUAUAAAAUUCGCGGCACUACAGGACUGGUUUUAGAUUAGUUAAUUUUUGUGGACUUUUGGAAAUUUUUUUGUACAUCAUGUUAUCCUUGAAUUAUAUUAGUGAUAUACCCAAAUGAAUCCAUCUGGGACACCAGUAACUUUCGGAAUCAGAUAAACUCAAAAAUGCGGAUAAGAAAUUGAUGAAAAAUUUUAUUUCAAUUAAUUACAAUGACAGUUUCUACCAGAUUAUGCAGGAGAAUGUCUCCAAGAUGCUUCGCUCUAUCCGCCAUCGGGCUCACCGUCCUCCUUUGCGUGUAUUACACCAGCUACAUGUCAGAUAUCAGUCAAAGAGCCGAACCCCAAGCGAGCGACGUUUCGGACGGUAGGCGAAUUCAGCGAUUCUUCAGGGACAUCGUCAACGAAACUAAAGACAAAAAUGGCGCGUCCAAACACUUCGGAACGUGUCCAAAGUUGAGUGCGGCGGAAGCUGAUAUAAAUACGUUAGAGAUGUUCAAGGAUUUCGAUUUCCAGCCCUCCUGGAUGAAAAGCAAAGAAUAUUGGGAUAAAACAUUUGAAGAUCGAUAUGAACGACAGAAAAUGGACCCUGAAAGACCUCAUCUCAAAGUUAUCAUCAUUCCUCACUCCCACAACGACCCAGGUUGGUUGAAAACCUUCGAACACUACUUCCAUUCUACUUCCCGACAAAUCAUGAACAACAUGAUCACCAAAUUGCAACAACACAAAAACUUCACUUUCAUGUGGUCCGAAAUUUCGUUCCUCAAUGCUUGGUGGGAAGAGGCUCAUCCUAGCAAACAGAGGGCGCUGAAGGAGUUGGUCAAUUCUGGAAAAUUGGAAAUUACCACUGGAGGUUGGGUAAUGACGGACGAGGCGAAUGUGCAUUUGUUUGCAAUGGUGAAUCAACUCAUUGAAGGUCACCAAUGGGUUUGGACCAAUUUGGGCGUAAAACCUCAAACGGGGUGGUCAAUAGACCCGUUUGGACACGGCAGUACUGUACCAUACAUUCUAGCUGCCUCCGGUUUGAAAGGAACUAUUAUCCAGAGAAUCCAUUACGCUUGGAAACAGUGGUUGGCCAUGAAGCAGUACGGAGACUUCCGGUGGAUUCCCAGUUGGUCGCCGUCCGAUCCUUAUGGGUCCAUUCUAACCCAUAAUCAACCUUUCGACAUUUAUUCCAUUAAGCACAGCUGUGGACCGCAUCCGUACAUUUGUUUGAAUUUCGACUUUAGAAAGAUACAAGGCGAAUAUACCGAGUAUUCUCUAAAAGCCGUUGCGAUAACGAACAAAAACAUCAAAGAAAAGGCGGAGCUUUUGCUGGAACAAUACGCCCGAACGGGUUCUCUUUUUCCACACAACACCGUUCUGAUGCCUUUGGGGGACGAUUUUAGAUACAACGUAAAGGAAGAAUGGGAUCAACAAUACACUAAUUACAUGAAACUUAUUAAUUACAUCAACGAUAACAGACAGAAGUACAAAACUGAAAUUAUGUUUGGCACGCCUUCCAUGUAUUUUGAGGAAAUCGUCAAACGCUCUUCCCAGUUCCCGACCCUGAAAGGCGAUUUCUUCGUUUACUCGGAUAUUUUCACGGAAGGACGGCCGGCCUACUGGUCCGGAUACUUCACCACCAGACCGUUCAUGAAAUUAUUAGACAGAGAACUGGAGAACAGCUUACGUGCCGCCGAAAUUAUUUACACAAUCGCCCUAAACAAGGCCAAGCAGAACAAAUUGGCGUCCUACUCGAAAAUACUAGAAAGAGAUUUUGAAAAAUUGAUAAGGGCUAGGAGGAAUAUGGGUCUCUUCCAACACCACGAUGCAAUCACAGGCACCAGCAAAUCGUUCGUCAUGCGCGAUUAUGGACUGAAACUGUUCGAAGGCAUACGCGAUACCGUGACCAUCCAACAAAACGCUCUACAAAGUUUACUUUUUCCCGAAAUUCCCAUCAAACCCGAUCAAAGUCUGGUUCUGAGCGAUUUGGAACGGGAAUCGUUCGAGAAAUUACCCAGAAAAACGCCCAUACAAGUCGGACCAAUUGGUUUUAAUCAGUCUAGGAAAAUAUUGGUUUACAAUUCUUUGGCUGCCGCACAAGAACAGUUGAUUCAGGUCAGAGUUAAUACGAGCAACGUAAAAGUAACGGACAACGACGGCAAUCCCGUUCUGUACCAAAUCAAUCCGGUAUGGGACAUUUCAGAUUACACGAAACUUUACAUCGCCGCCGACGAAUACGAAAUCGUCUUUAUAGCUAAACUUCCGGAAUUAUCUGUGACGGUUUUCAAUAUAAUCUACGACGCUUCUGCCGAGGAUAAAUUGGCCACUAUUUAUUGCAAGAACUGCCAUAAAUCGACGACGAUAGUUAGUAAUGAAAAUAACGUUGCAGGAGAGACUUUAAAAUCUAAAUUUAGUAUUAAGGACAUUCCUGCUGGGGAUAUUCAGUUGGAAAAUAACAAAUUUAAGGUACUGUUCAGCGGCAGUACGGGUUUUAUGAAGACCAUCACUAGAAAACACAAUCCGAAAAUAAUGCAAUGCGGUAUUCAGUUCGCAGCUUACAGAAGUGCGCAGUUCCAUUCUGGGGCCUACCUCUUCAUGCCGGAUCCGAACGAAAGGGACUACGAAAAAGACGUUUUAACUCAAUAUAAGGAACAAAAAAGCAUAAUUAUAACCUCGGGUGCGUUGUCCACAGAAAUAUCUGUAAUUUACGGACCGUUCUUAAUUCACACUGUGACGGUGUUUUUGGUCGACAAUUCAACUCUAUCCAAUGGAAUUGCUAUCGAGAAUACAGUGGAUUUCGAAAAUCCGCCCAAAAAUAGAGAGACUGAACUCUUCAUGCGAGUUAUUUCUGAUGUUCAGAACGGGGAACCGCCAGAGUUUUAUUCGGACCUUAACGGAUUUAAUAUGCAGAAGAGACUCAAAAUUGAACGAAUAGGUUUAGAAGGCAACUACUUCCCAGCAACAACUAUGACAUAUAUCCAAGACAAUAAUGUACGACUGAGUUUAUUACUGAACCACGCUCAGGGAGCAGCCAGUUGGCAACCGGGUUAUUUGGAAGUCAUGUUAGACCGAAGGACCCUUUACGAUGACUCUAGGGGUAUGGGCGAGGGUUUGGUGGACAAUAGAAGAACCAUUAGUAAAUAUUGGUUACUGAUCGAAGAUAUAUCGCAUAUAAAGACCGACCGUAAUCCGCAACAAAAGAGAUUCGAUAAUGGUGAUGAUGCGUAUGAAAAAGAAGACGUUGUCAGAUCGUUCAACGUGCCCACAGAAGCUACCGACACAUCAAAACAGGAAGCCUUCUCCAGACCAUCCCUCUACAGUAACCACCUUUCGAACUCCCUCAACUACCCGGCCAGCAUAUUCAUCGUAGAUUCCGAACACCAGCAAACAAUAAACCAUUCAAUCAAACUUAUAAACCGACCGUUCCCUUGUGAUACGCACCUAUUAACUCUCCGCACCCAACCAGAUCCCGUCUACUCCCAAUUCCCCUCGUCCAGCGCCCUCAUGGUCCUUCAUCGGCAAGGCUAUGAAUGUACGGUCAGUUCAAACUACACUUGUGAUUUAGAUAAGUUCGAUGAAGACUUAAGUUUCGAAUUUGUUACUGUCAAGGAAUUGGAAGUUAAAAGUUUAACCGGGUUGAACACUAUAUUUAGCUUGAAGAAAUUGAGCGAAAUUUAUUUGGAACCAUUGUCUUUAAAAACGGUUAACAUUACUUUCGGGUAAAAAAAUUAGGUUAUUGAUGUUGUGUUGAAUGAAUAUGUGUUUUUGGAUGUUUUUUUCAAAGUAUUAUCCAUGUUUCUAAUAGUUUAAAAUUUUGAUGUACAGGGUUUUUCAUUAUAUUUUGAAGCGUAUCACUAUAAAAAGUACAUUUCCAAGUGAAACAGUUGUUUGUUUAUUAAAAGUUGCUUGUGGUCGAAAAGGUUGAAGUAAAACAACAAAGCUUUUACUUGUUGACAAGAAUAAUGAAAACAAGUAGUGGUCAAAAUAUAAUGAAAAAUCCUGUACAAGACCAGACUUCUUAAUUCUUGUUUUUCAAUAAUUACAGUGGCAUUUGGAGUAUUUUAGUUAUUGAAUAUUCCAGGGUAUCUGUCAUUAGUAUUUAUGAUGCAGUCACUUGUCAAGAAUUGUUAAAGUGACAUUUAAAGUAGGUACAUUUCAUUACAGGGUUUUUAUGUCUUAACAGUUAUGUCGCAGUUACUUUCCAUCCAACGUUGUCACUUGUCAAGAAUAAAAUGUCAUUUGGGGUAGGUUUCUUAUAAUUAGGAGUCACUUGUUGAUCUUCUUCUUUACAUUUUUCUAUUAAUGACAAUAAAAACAAGGCUAUUGACCACUUCCGAUUCUGACACCGUGGUAUCAACACUGAAAUGGCGGCGUCAGAAUCGGCAGUCAGGUGUGAAUGUUUCCGUCAAAAUCCUUAACAAGAACAGUCAUCGUGAAGUGAAUAUUGUCUGAUGUGACCAGUUAUUAAGUAGCAAGAAUAGUGCGUCAAAAUUUUUUGAAUCUGAAGAUUACAAAUUGUCACAUGGUGUGAUGUGUAUCCUGUGACAAAAAAAUAAAUUUCCUUUAAAAUAUCCACCUUUCAUACAGAAAACUCUAAUACAAUUACCCUAGGCCGAAUAGCCCUGGCAGCUGAGGCCUAUAAAAAUUGAAUUGAAGAAGAAGGCUAUUGACAACUGAUAACAUUUAAACGUUAUGAUAUUUUAAUAAUAUGUCAUUUACGUGAUAUUAUAUUUAAAAGAUAUAUCAUCAUUUAAAUGCUCUAAUAUAUGUUAUUUUUAUGAUCUCUUUAUGUAUUAGAAUUAACGACGAAUAUAAUUUAAUUAUAUUUCGAUACAACUAUUUGAAAAAUGGAUAUUACCGAACUUAACCGAUAAAUAAUAUCAAAAUUCCUUGUAGAUAAUUGUAAAUAGAGAAUUUAGAAACUUUAUUAUGAAAUAAUUGUAGGUUUUGUAAUUGUUUUUUAAUUUAUUACUGACAUAGUUUAAUUCUUAGUCAAUAUAAAUGUUGCAGCUCUUUUGAAACGCUAAGAAUAUUCUUGCCAGAUGUUGAAUUAUUUUUUUAUUAUUAUUUUGAUAUUAGAGAUAAUUAUCUGGUGUCGAGGACGACUCAGAUGGUUUUUUUGCUAAUCAAAGGUACCUAUUUACUAGAAAAUGCCUAAUUGUGAUUAUUUUAUUAUUAUUAUCAUUUAAGGAUUGUAAUUACUAGGAUAUCUAUUUUCUAUUUCCUAUUUUACUAAGAAGGAUAAAUAGUGUGAAUAAAAGGGGCAGCUAAAGUUAUGUUAUCGUUAUAUUUUGCCGGUUUUAAUCAGGUAUAGGUUAACACUGUUAUUUAUGUUACGUUACAAACGGGUAAAACGUUUGACUCACUAUUUUUUUAACUAAGUCGUUACUGUAAAAUGAGUCCACCUCCCUAGUAGGACAGAUAACCUCUUUGCCGUCAUGCAUUUUCCUCAAUGCACGGUUGUGCCAGACAGGUAAAAAAAGUACUGUAUAUGAAUUUUCAACUUGCUUUUGAGACAUACAUUAAAUAAUGUUAAACUGAAGAAGUAGAUUUAAAGCCCGAUUAUACUGUCCAAGAGAAAUUAUUUCUGCUGCAUUUCAAAGUGUUUUUUUUAAAUAUAUAAAUAACUAGAAAAAAUUAUUAAGCUACAGCUUAAUUUGUAUUUAGUUUAAAAUCGAAAAUGUAGCUUUAGCUGUUGUAUUAACUUUACUGAUUAGAAGGUUUUUCAGUCUUUCUCAUUGAGAAAUCGAUCUCGAAAAUAUUGAUUUUCGUAGAAUAUUUCCUGCCUUUUGAAACCGUUGAAAUUGCAUUUUAAUAUAUUUUCUCUUUUUCGAGAUGUAGGUGAAUAUCGUGGGUGUGAUAUUUUUGCGAUGAAUAAUACAAAAAUCAAAAAAUUAUCACUGUGUCUUAUUAUCUAAAAUUUUUCCCGUUUUGUUGAUAAAACAGAGUUGUUAGGUUUUAUUAUUAAAUUUUGACUUUGUUUUUUAUAUAUUGCCGCGGUGUCUGUGGAAAUUCGAUACAUUUUACUAUGAACUUCAAUGACCACCAAUCUUUUACUUCUUAACUUUUGGUGUUGAAAUCGUUUCCUGUGUCCCUUCAAUAUAAAUCUAACAUAUUCUUUAAUGCAAUGAGAUUUUAGAAGUUGGGUAUAGUUAUUUCAAAAACAUAAAUUUGUUAAUACAUUUAUAUCGAUAUUGUUUCUUUUUGUAGAGUCUUUAACAAUACUUGUGUCCAUGAUGACCACGUUUAAGUUCCUAGUUAGCUAAAUGUACAAUUUAAUACAAUGCGAUUAACGCAUUUGACAAAAUUGACCAUUAGCUGUCAUAAAAGUCACGUGUCAUAAUAUCACGUGGGAUGCUGGUAUUGUUAAAGACUCUGUACUAUUAAAAUUUAGAAAUAUCUCAAAUUUUCAAAAUCAAAAUACAUUUUUAUAAGAUAGUUGUAUUUUAUAAAUCGUUGGUCACCUUUUAUAAACAUUUGAGCCAUUUUUCUCCAAUAAAAUUACUUGUCGGUAAAUAUUAAAUUUGUUUCUUUGAAGUUUGCAACAGAAUUAUAUACAGUGUGUGUCCCUAAGUUGGAAUCAUAUGGAAUACUUUUUUAUUAUUAAUUUUAGGAAAAAAGUUAUUCUUCAUAAAAAGUUCUGCAUUAUCUAAAACCUAGAAUACAGUCAUCAAAUAUCAAAUUUUUUCAGUGGUAUACGAGGUUUGUCAAAAAAUAUGAAUUUUGCUCAAGAGUAAAGUACGUUUAUUUUUGAUAAAAUCGAAAAUUUUCAUUAAGAAAGGUUGAUUAGAAUUGAAAAUUACAUUCAAAUAUGCAAUUAUACCGAUCUAUCUGAAAAAUCAGAUUUUUUCUAGAUUUUGCAUUGAUCCACUUAAUUACAGUACUCCAUAAUUUUUUCUCUCUCUCUUCUCUACUAUAAACAUGAUGCGCUUUCAUUUUCUUGAUGUUUGUGAAGAAUUUGACAAUUUUCUUAAUGAAAAUUUUCGAUUUUGUCAAAAAUAAAUGUACUUUACUCUUGAGUAAAAUUCAUAUUUUUUGACAUACCUCGUAUACCACUGAAAAUUUUUUAUAUUUGAUGACUGUAUUCAGAGUUUUAGAUAAUGCAGAACUUUUUAUGAAGAAUAACUUUUUUUCCUAAAAUUAAAAAAAGUUUUCCAUCUGAUUCCAACUUAGGGGGACAUACUGUAUUAUAACUUUUUGAUUAAUUUACAUAUUUAUCAGUUUUGCAAUUUUUUGAAACAAUAUUACUCAAUUCCCGUAAAGAAAAAAUAUAUAUUGUAUAUUUUUAGAUUGUCAGUCAAGAUUGUUCUUGCAAAGAUUUUUUUACCCAUGAAUCUUAUUGUGAUUAUGUAAUUUAAUUAGAAUAAAAUAAAAGGAGAAAAUAUUUGUGUCCCAUAUGGAGAUCCAUGACUGAUAAAUUGGUCUCUAUUGUGAAUUUAUUGAUAAUUGAUGUAGAAUUUUUGUAAAUUUAUUUUUAUUUUUACAAAAUACAAUUUUAUUGAUUUU